GGCCUUGGGAGAAGAAGAAGAAGACAGUGACUCACCUCCGAGCGCUCAAGGGACUACGUUGACGAAAUUCCUCGGUUUUUUGGUCCUCUGUGAAGCUCUUACAUAUAUUUUUUUCUUACAGUAGAAUAUCAUCCGACACUGCCAUCAUGCCUUGGUUUGGAGAAGAUCCGCAGAAGAAGAUGAUGGAUUGCAUGUUUGAGCUCAAGAUGUGCGAGAAGCAGAUGGAAAGGCUGUCCAAGAAAGCAGAAAAGGAGCAGAUGGCGCAGAAGAAGAAGAUGGUGACAGCGAUGAAGCAGGGCAACGUCGAGGGCGCCAGGAUCUACGCUGAGAACUGUAUCCGGAAAAAGCAGGAAUCUCUCUCUUACUUGCGCAUGGCAUCUCGGCUCGAUGGUGUCAAGUCCAGAGUCCAGUCAGCGAUGGCCAUGCAGGGCGUGACUAAGAACAUGAGUGGAGCUGUCGGCUCCCUCGACAAGGCCCUCAAAGCCAUGGAUCUUGAGAAGAUUUCACAGGUCAUGGGCCAGUUCGAGUCACAAUUCGAGGAUCUGGACGUCAGGACUAAUGUGAUGGAAGACAGCAUGGCUGCAGCAACAACCCUUAGCACCCCCAAGAGUGAUGUUGAUGCCCUCAUCCAGCAGGUGGCUGAAGAGGCAGGGCUUGACAUGGUGUCAGCGCUUCCCGGCAUGGAGAGCGUGGGUGAACUCUCCACCGUUGGUGAAAAGACCAAAGCCAAGGAGAUGGACGAACUCGACCAGAGGCUUGCCUCACUCAGGAACUAGUUCCCUUCUGCUCUGCCCUUUUCCUGCUUUGCCUCCACUUCCUCAUCUUUGUUUUUGUCGUCCAGUUGUUUGAGCGAUGCCAUCAUUCACCAGGCCUUCAUUUCUUCUCAGUGUCGUGUUCAGCAGAGGGUGAUAGUUAGGGUAUUUUUUUUAUUCUCUAUUUUUCACUUUUCCAAUUUCUAGAAAAAACACACACACACACACACCACACACACACACACACACACACACACACACACACACACACACACACACACACACACACACACACACACACACACACACACACACACACACACUCUUUUUUUUUCAUUUUUUCAUCAUUAUGGUUUCUUGCCUACAGUCAGGAGUGCCCUUUGGUUUUGCAUUUGAUAUUUUAAGGCUCUGCCCCUGCCAGCCUCUCCUCCAGUUAUGGCACUCUCUUUCCAUCACCUGUUUGAUGACUCGCAAUCCAUUUGGUGACUGUGGAGACAUUAUUCAUUUGAUGGCUAAUGCAGUUUAACAACAGGUGAUUGGUGAGAACUUGCAUCAUCAUAAUGGUGAUUGGUGGAGGGGAUAGAGAUUACAUAGCCUUGGAAAUUCAGUGUUCAUGUUUCUGAACAGCGAAUGAUUUCUAACUUGGGUUUAAAGGUACUUAGGUCACAAUUUAUUAUUAUUAUUAUUAUUAUUAUUGUUAUUGUUAUUGUUAUUGUUGUCUCUUAUUAUAUGUAAUUAUAAUUGUUUUUUGUCAUAUUUAUUUUAUUUUUAUUUUUUAUCAUUGUCAUCAUUAUUAUUAUUGGUAUUGUUAUUUUUAUUAAUCACCAUCAUUAUCAUUACUUAAGUUCUCCUCCCAAUACUUUUGGAGAGGAGCUUUCUUGGAGUUUAGUAGUAGGAGUCCUGUACUUUUAAAACAAUUUAAGUUUUGAUGUAAUGGAAAAAAAAAGAAUUUAUAUGCAAUUGAUUUAGAUGCUUGUGUGAUCAUGGUUCUUUGAUUUAUAAAUCUGAUUCUCACUUUAUACAAUAUAUAAAGAUACUAAUAACACAGUGUUAAUGAAAUUGUUUACUGGAUGUGACUGCUAACUGAUUGUCUGUAUGAGAGGAAAACAAAUUAUGUGUAUAUAUAUAUUCAAUAGAAGAAGACAUGCGUAAGUGAAUAAAUAUAUGAAUGAUGCUC